CCGACGGCGAGUGACAGAGCCCAGAAGGUCCCCAACGACAGGCAUGAAAAUAGAAGUGAAUCCAGUCUGAAGAUUAGUGUCGUUUAUUGGUGAAUAUCAAAUUGUAAAACUCCGUUAACUCAUCUCUCGUUCGGUUUGUUUUCCCGAGCGACGCCAUGUUCGUCCCUUCAGACAACUCGCCGCCCUCCCUCGAAGAUUUCACCCUCGUCAUGCCUGCUGUGGCUGUGGGCAAUGUGGGUCAGCUGGCGGUGGACCUCAUCGUGUCCACUCUCAACAUGAGUCGAGUGGGCUUCAUACACACAGACUGUCUCAUCCCGAUGGCCGGGAACAACCCCUACUCCACAUGCAAAGAAGAUGCACAGGAGCUGCACACCCCUGCGGAAGUGUACGUGGCACCAGAACUGAAGUUGGCAGUUCUCCAGAUCAGAGCGCCAAUUGUUCAGACAAAAUCCAAAAAGUUUCGUCAACUGAUCGUAUCCUGGAUCAAAGCCAGCGGAUUCUCCAGGACUGUGAUUCUGUCCAGCAGCCAUGCCUACCAGAGGGAUGACCAACAGAUGAAGGGCACUCCUUUGAGGUACCUGGCCACUCCGUCCCUGCUGAAGGCGAGUGCAAACGCUCUGAAGGAGUUGGGCUGGAGGGAGAUGGAGCGGGUGGCGUCCUUCCCAGGAUUGACCGAAGCCAAUGCCGAGCCGCGCCUCUGCAUCCCGGGAGGAGGUAUCACCAAAGGACUGUACACAGACAGUUGUUCAGAGGACCUUCCGCUGGCUGUGGUCCUGCUCUUCUGCUCCGAGGGUGACAACAUCCCAGAUGCCUUCGCCCUCGUCAACCACCUCAACGACUGGCUCCACCUGCUGGACGACCCUAGCCAAGCGCCCAACAAAUGGAAGAUCCCAACCUCCUGGAAUCUUCUUUUUGGCAGUGGCAUCCCUCCUUCAAUGUUCUGAGACACGCAUAUUUACUUUUUUCUAUUUUUUUAGCUUAUUAUCUUGCAGCAACAACACCACAGCAUUUUCAGUCCUCCAGUGAUCUCUUGGCUCGGGUCACGUCUGCUUAUUGAGGAAUUUUUGUGUUUGAUAAAACCUGGACACAAAAAAAUUAUAAUAUUUUGAGUUUACUUGGUCUGGGCCGAUGGUAAUUCUCAUACGAAAUUUUCUCAUUCUCUUCAAUUUCCUUUAUUUGGAAAUUAAUCUUUACAUGUACAAAUAUCACAUUAUGUACAGGCUCUUGACCCCGGUGUGCACUUCUGGAAUACUGUUUCUUAAUACUGCAGUAUUUUAAUGUUUUUUCUCCCAGUAAAAGAUUUUACAGGAAUCCAGUCCGAGCGUAUAUAAAAAGGAUAAAGACUUUGUUUGUAUUACUAGA